CAGGUGCCUAAUCAAAGAUGCACUUGGUGCAUAUGUAUUAAUUACUGCAUUUCUAACUUGAUUAUUUUAUGAAUAAUCUCGAUAAUACAAUCAUUAUCGCGAUUCAUUCAUAAUCUCGAAGUCCGUAAUCAUGAUGCACACGUGGUUGUUCUAUACGUGUCAGCUUUACCGUCGGGUGAUCAAAGAGAAAGCUUUCCUCUGGUGAUACACAGAUAUGUAACUUGUUUACAGGCUGUGACAGACUUGUAAGGAGUUGUAGCUUGUCAGUAAAAAGACAAACGCUCUAUUACGUUACAUUGCAGUGAAAAUAUAAUAAUUAUUUUAAUGUAUACAUGUUAAUAGUAUUAUACAAGUAUUAUAGAAGUAUAUCUAUAUUUACAUAAUAUGACACUAUAUUACAUUGUGUUCUAAUCAAAGUUCCAAAGUUCAUUUGAAUUUAUUCUACGUAUCCAUAACAAGUUUUCUCAUUUUUAUAAGUGUAACGUCAUUAUAAACAACCAUGUUGUGCUCUAGAUUACUCGCAAAUGUCAACCGUGUGUCUAGAGGUUCUGUCAACCGUUACAUUGCCUCACUUUCCAUGUUGCCAGAUACACAUCAGAUGUUGUACAAAACAUGCAGAGAUUUUGCUGAAAAUGAAUUGAAACUCAUCGCAGCAGAGACUGAUAGGAAACACCUCUUUCCAAAGGAACAGAUUAAAAAAAUGCGAGAAUUAGGCCUCAUGGGUUUAUGCGUUCCUGAAGCAUUAGGUGGCACAGGGUUGGAUUACCUGGCCUACGCUAUAGCCAUGGAGGAAAUCUCAAGAGGUUGCGCAUCUGCUGGAGUUAUAAUGAGUGCACAUAAUUCUCUCUACUUAGGUCCUAUAGAAAAAUUCGGAACGGAUAAGCAGAAAGAAAAGUAUAUUACUCCCUUUGUAACUGAGGAAAAGAUUGGUUGCUUUGCAUUGAGCGAACCAGGCAAUGGAUCUGAUGCUGGUGCUGCAUCUACCACUGCCAAAGCGGAUGGUAAUACUUACACAAUUAAUGGUACUAAAUCGUGGAUAACGAACGCAUACGAAGCCAAGGCAAUUGUUCUCUUCGCAACGACCGACAAGUCUAAGAAGCACAAAGGUAUAAGUGCCUUCAUAGUCGAUAGUCCAACAACCGGUCUUUCUUUGGGCAAAAAGGAGGAUAAAUUAGGUAUACGAGGAAGUAGUACUUGUUCAUUAAUCUUUGAAGAUUGUCAAGUAUCAAGAGAUAAUCUACUUGGUGAACCGGGACAAGGCUUUAAAAUCGCGAUGAUGACUCUAGAUGCUGGUAGAAUAGGAAUCGCCGCACAAGCGUUGGGCAUAGCUCAGGCAUCUCUGGAUUGCGCGAUAGAUUACGCAACUAAACGUCAAGCCUUCGGUCAGCCUAUUAUAAAGCUGCAAACGAUUCAGCAAAAAAUUGCCGACAUGGCUCUGAAAUUGGAAAGCUCGAGGCUGUUGACCUGGCGAGCGGCUCAACUCAAGGAUAACGGCAAGUCGUACAUAAAGGAAGCCGCUAUGGCGAAACUCUCCGCAUCAGAAACCGCCACGUUCUGUGCUCAUCAAUGCAUACAGAUCUUAGGAGGGAUGGGAUACGUGGCAGAUAUGCCGGCGGAACGUUAUUAUAGAGACGCACGUAUCACGGAGAUUUAUGAGGGCACGUCGGAAAUCCAGAGACUCGUGAUCACUGGAAAUCUUAUCAAAGAAUACGACCUCUAAAUCGAUAUCGCACAUAUAAGGUAAUAUUCAAUUUGUUGGUAUUUUUUUGUUCUUUUUAUAUAAUCAAAUUAAAAUAUCUUUUUUAUAUGCAU